GCAACGGCGGAGCGGUGGAGGCGGCGGUGCGGUGGUACGAAAGAUACGGAAAAAGAGAGGGAGCAGCAGAGCACGGACUCACCGAAAGUAUUUGGACCCACGGAGGCUCCUGAGAUCCCGGCUUCGCUAUUUUGCCGUACAGGUACGGCAUUUAUUGUAAUUGUGACUAAACGAGUGCAAUUUGACGAGGGACUGAAAAUGUGCGCACGUCGCUGUUGUUAUUGUGGAGCUGUCGCCGAUACUGCGUACAAAGCGGAUCCUCCGGCACAGCGGGAUCUCUUCAACGCACGCGGCUUCUGAUAUGUGACCUGUUGGAAGCUGAGAAGAAAGUGGUACUUGAUGGUUUUCAUUCCCCAGGAGUUUUUACAAAGACAGAUGGAAAGGCGGAUUCGAUUGAAAACUCUGAAUAACCAUAUCAUCUGCAAGAUAUGCAAGGGGUAUUUAAUUGACGCCACCACAGUGACCGAGUGCCUGCAUACAUUUUGCAAGAGCUGUCUGGUCAAGCACUUGGAAGACAAUAACACCUGCCCUACCUGUGAAAUUGUGAUCCACCAAAGUUACCCGUUGCAAUAUAUCAGCUACGAUAGGACUAUGCAAGAUAUAGUUUACAAGCUGGUGCCAAACUUGCAGUACAACGAGAUCAAGCGGGAACGAGAUUUUUACAGGCGGAAAGGCCUGCCUUGUCCAAAAGUCCACACUCCUGGUAUGCUCAGUGAAAAAGAUGCUGGGUCUAAAGCGUCAUCCUCCAAAGAAGACGAGGCAGACUGUCACCGGUCGGACGAGCAAGUCAACAUCCUGCUGGAAUCAUCAGACAGCGUGCAGCUGAAACAGAUGCGACGUAAGUUCAUCCGGUGCUCCGCCCAGGCCACAAUCACGCACCUCAAGAAGUUCAUAGCAAAGAAGCUCUUCAACAACCUCGAAAAAUACAAGGAGGUUGAGAUCCUCUGUAAUCAAGAAAUCCUUGGGAAGGACCACACACUCAAGUUUGUCUACGUCACGAGGUGGAGGUUUAAGGAUCCCCCCUUGAAGCUGUACUAUAGGCCGAAGAUGGAAUUGUGACAACGAGAGCUGCAGCGUCGCUCUGAGUUGUCCACCUGUGCAAAGAUGUAAAACAGAACUCGACGACGGUAUUGUUCUUGCCUCAUGAGCGGUUUUCUCGCCAGGCUGUUUUGUUUUACCAUCCAAAGUUCCCCAUUCCGGCUUCUUGUGUGCGGGACUUAUUUAAGCGACUCCAAUGUACAUAGACCAUGAUCAUGAUUGUGCAUAAAGGGUCCUGCCAAGGGUAGCUGCUGUCACAGGGUCGAGCCACAAAAUUUGCUCGGGUGCUGGCUUCUCUGGGGGAAUUGAUCGCUGAUUAAUUGUAACUCUGUUGAUGGAGGGCAUCAGUUUCCUCAGGCUUCCAGAAAUCUUUAAUUUGGCCAUAAAUGGAAGGGGCAACUGAAAAAUUAUGCGAGUCAUUGUUGUGCUGGGGCAAUGCUGUGGAUUGGUUUUGGAGUGUUAAUAGCAUUUCCAUUCCAGUGGUAGAUUUGAAGGAUUCCCUACUCCAUCUCAUGGUUUACGCUGGUCAUUCUUCUGGCAGGAAGUAAGCGGAGGCACAUGGCUUUUAAAACCACUUUUGUUUCAUAAAUGUUCAUGCAAGCUGUGCUCUUACUCUUGCACCCUUGCCAGUGCCACAGAAUUUGUGAUGUGGGGCAUAACUGUUGUCCUUUUAUUUAUAUUCAAUUCUUCAAUUGUUAUUUCAGGUGCAGUUGGUAUAAAUGCCAAUUUGGGUCUCUUUCCUAAUGAAAGCGUAUGUUUUCUGCCAUGAUUGCAUUACCUGUAAAUGUCUUACGUGCAGUUUCUUCCCUGGUCAUGAAGACAUUAACACCUGUCACAUGAUUUUUAUUAAUUGAAUGGUUGCCACAGCAUAUACUGUAAGCUUAAAUUCUUCAGGCAAAUUUUUGUUGUGUAUACCACAAGCUUUUAAAUUGAAAGGCCACUUUACUGCAGUACUAUUGUACUCGCAGAAUUCUCCUGAGCCGAGUGUAGUGAUGGAGGGUGUGGCAACUUCUUAAAGUAGCUCUCCUGCUCUGAUUCACACAGCAGGCAUGUGCAUCUCCCACACCCUGGGGAAUGCCAUUCAGUUUUCAUUCUGCAUCUGUGAAUAUUGCAUGGUCAUGAUGUAGCAACUGUGCCUUUCCAAAGUCUCACAAGCAUGUUGACCAACAUCUCAAAAAGUACAAGCUCUGAAUUCUACUUCAUUGCAGGAAGCUGAUUUAAGGAGCACUUUGUGAAGCAGUGAAGUGUUGUGUCACAGGACAAGUUCUGGGUUUGCAUACUGUUGCCAGUUGCCUCUUUUUUGGCAAAGAAAUUUGAUGAGCUGUCAUUGAUUGUAAAUUUUUGUCUACAGUGAUAGCUCGCUUUAUUUUAAUUUCAAGUUUGGACAGAGUAGAACCUUGUUAGUAUUUGGAUUGUUAAGUGCAGUUGUAUUGGCUCAGAUUGAUGGACCCAUUUUAUUUGCCCCUUGGGACUUGCUCAAUAUUCUUUGUUGAAUCAAAGUGAGAACCACAUCAUUUAUCAUUUUAAUCUGGAGUGUCACCACUAAACAGUCGCCAAUCAUUUCCCAAAUCGCAAUUACCGUUGGUGCUGGUAACGGCUCACCAAAGGUUUUGCUUGGAGUUGUUGCACUAUAGUUGUGUUUCAUUUACCGAAAUUUUUAUGUAGAUUGUGUGAGUUUUUGUACUUGUACAAUAAACAUGGACAUUUCUUUUAAUUGCAUCACAGAA